AUGGCGAGAUCUCAUAGUCUUCGAUACAAUUUGUUUGCCAUGUUCAGUUCUGGUGAAGAAUUGCCUUCAUAUUCCGCCCAAGGCUAUCUAGAUGGUGAAUUAUUCCUUCAAUAUGAUAGUGAGAGCCAGAGACUAGUGCCUUGGGGCACUUGGUUGGAUAGCCUUCUGGAAACAGACACUUGGAAACAAGAGAACGAUAAUCUGAAGGAGAUUGGACAGGAAUUCAGAACAAUUCUGAGAACAGUCAUGGAGCAGAGCAACCUAAACACUAGUUCUCACACCUUCCAGGAGACACUAGGCUGUGAACUCCAUGAAGAUGACAACUGCGGAGGAUUUUGGAAAUAUGGCUAUGAUGGAGAGGACUUCUUCAUCUUCCAACCUGAGACACUCUCCUGGGAAGCAGCCCACCCUGCUGCUGGCAGUCUAAAGAAUGCCUCAGAGGCAGAGCCAAAAGAAGCAAAGAUGCAGAAAGCAAAAGUGGAGGGAGACUAUUGUGAUCAACUUUGGAAUUAUCUUAAAGUUUGGAAGGAGAGAAAAGGAGCGUUCCCUUUGUUGAAUGUGACUCAAAACAAGAACCAAGAAGGGGAGGUCACUCUGAGGUGUUGGGCUUACAACAUUUUCCCUCGGGACAUCAAGAUGACCUGGCUGCAGGACGGCUACCCACUGAACCAAAGGGACCAGGGAGGAGGACUCAUCCAGCCUAGUGGGGAUGGCACCUACCAGACCUGGGUGUCCAUACAUGUCCACCAUGGAGUGGUGAAUUACACUUGCCAUGUGGAACAUCAAGGAAGGAACCAAACCAUCUCUGUCACCUUGGGUCCUGUUCUAGAAGUCAGACAGAGGCAUGGGAUCCUUGCUGCUCUGCUUUUUGCUGCUGUUCUUGCUCUUGCCUUUGGGUUGUCAUUUCGGAUAAGGAAAAGUGUUCCAGGUACAGAGAGAAGGCACCAGCAGGAUGGCCUCCCUGUAUGAGCUAUGAUUCAGUGACUACCAAGCCCUGCUCCUGGUUUAUUGGGACCAGAGCUGCGCUGGAUGACCAGCACCAGACUGUUCUCCACUCUCACCCAGACUCCUGCAGCACCACAUAGCUCAGACAAUGUUUCUCCUCUCUGGAAAACAGAAGUGACUCUCUACAUGCCUUGGUUUCAUAUUGACAAAGGGAUGUACAGCCAAGAUAUUGGAGCUUGUCCAGGUCACAUGUUUUGAUGCCCUUUUUGGGAAAUAAUGAUUUAGGCUCUGAAGGAUGUUUGAUACUAUG